UGAUUUCAUCAAUGUGAAUCAGUCAGCCUGAUAAGACGUGACCCAGAUGGGAUCUCCGGCUCUUUUCUAUGCAGCCAUCCAUCACAACCAUGGUAGCCACAUAAGCUCUGUCUCACGGACAGCUCACUGUUACAUAACCUGGAAGCUGCAAAAGUGCUUAAAGACUGAAGAGAAUGGAGAGAAGACAAUAAAAUGAAGAACACAAGUGUGGUGGAAUAGUACAACUGAUGAAAAGACCCCUCCAAACUACAUGUGUCUAAAUAAAUGAUAAAGCUAGAUACAUUGCUUUCUAUGGUGCCAUUGGCACGCAUAUAGUCUUAGCCACUGAUUCAUUGACAGUGCCAGAAGAAGAUGGAUAGAUGGUGUUGCACCCAGUAACUGGAGAGUGCUAAAUGAGCUGCUGUGUAAGCAGCUUGAUCUCUGGAUGAUUGAAGGCACAUAGCAUUUUAACCGAGGCACGCUAGAUAUUCCUAGAUGUGCAACUGCAGAUAGCUGUAGCUUCAGUUUUUAUUGAGCUUGUGAAAGGCCAGGUAGGACAGGUUAGUUUAGUUCGUACAAUGAAUCCUAGAGACAGCGUGGAGGUGAUGGAGACCCAGGGGGGAGGGAAGGAGAAGCUGCUUGGAGACCAGGUCAACCCUGGAAACGAGGUUGAUGGUGAGGACGACAAAAUCCCCGGGGCUUACAACUGCAACGUCUGUGGACGCAGCUUCCAGUUCCUCAGCUCUUUGUCGCAGCAUAUGAGACGCCACACUGGUGCGCGCCCCUACAAAUGCCCCUACUGUGACCACAGGGCCUCUCAGAAGGGCAACCUCAAAGUUCACAUCCGCAGCCACAAACUGGGCACGCUCUCUAGCCACCACUCCAAUGAGGAUGAGGAGGGUGGGGCUGAGGAGGAGGAGAUGAGUGUUUCAGAGGGUCUCGACGGAGGUACAAGUCCAACGAAAAGCAGCUCAGCCUGUAACCGGAUGAUUAAUGGGGAUAGUGGUGAGGAGAGUCGGAGGAAAGUGCCUGGGAGGAGCCUGAAAAGAGAAAAGCCUGUUACCGACCAGAGACCUUUCUGUUGCCGUCUGUGCGGCUACGAGGCCUAUCGAGAAGACCAACUCCUCAGCCAUAUUGAAAAGGUCCACAUAACAGCAGACGCAGAUGAGGAGGCCACUGUUAAGGAAGAGGCUAUACCUGAACCUGACGUUGUCCAACCCCAGAGUGAUGGGACCUUCCCCUGUGAGACCUGUGGCCAGGUCUUUACCCAGGCCUGGUUUCUGAAGUCACACAUGAAGAAACAUGCAGGGAUCCUGGACCACUGCUGUCGCAUUUGUGGACGACGGUUCCGCGAAGCUUGGUUUCUCAAAUCACACAUGAAAACACACAACACCAAAUCCAGGUCACGGUCAAAAGCGGAAUCCGCUGAGCAUCCGGCCACCAUCAACGACGUAGCCCAGGAUCCUGAAAUUGUCACUAGCUCUAUUACAUCCAUCUAUCAAAUGUGUUCCAAAUGUGGGAACCUGUUCCACAACAAAGAGAGCCUAAGGGCCCAUGAAAAAAUCCACAGUGUCAAUUAUGGCAGGAAAUCUCAGAGCCAAUGCAGACUCAGUGAUGAUGAGGACUCACCAGCCACUAAGAGAUGUUACCUUGACUACUUAAACCUUCAGCCUGUUGAGAAAAAGACCUUGGAUGAAGAGGACACUGAAAAGAAGAUGCAAGGUCAAAGAAUUCCAGAGCUCGAUCCAGUUUGCAGCUACCAGGCCUGGCAAUUAGCUACUAAAGGAAGGGUUGUUGAGCCAGUAGAGGUGAGUUACAAGGCCUCCUACGGGGGAGGAAGUAUGGGGGAGGAGGGCCUCGCUGGAGCCGCUGUGGUAUUUGAGAAAGAGAGCAGCCGUUAUGUCCUGCAAGGUCAAGAGAAACGCAGCUCAGGGCGACGCAGCAGCUCUGGUUUGGGAAGCCAUGCUUCUUCAGGGGACCGGACACCAGAGAGCCUCAGCGACUCCGAGUACCGGCCUUCGUCUCGCGCUGACCGACGGCGACCAUCUGCCUCCAAGUCCAAUGAGUGCUUUGAGUGCGGGAAGGUGUUUCGCAGUCGUCACCAGAUGAUGGUCCACCAGCGUGUCCACAGGAAGGACGGAGAGAGGACAUCUGAGGGCGACAAGGAAAGAACUUCAAGAGACGACCGAUGGGGCUCCACCAGUGAUCCAGAGUCAGGCUCCCAUAGCCGGCCCAGCACACCGGGGUAUGGAGACUCUCCACCAGCCUCCACCCUUGAACACCAGGCCUCAGAGAUGAGUAUAGCAAACUCUGGAGAGAUUGCAGAUGAGAAGCCUUACAUCUGCAGCCUUUGCGACUUCGUCACCAGAGAGUUGCAGGUCUAUUUGACUCAUGUUCGUGUCCAACACCCGGCUGCCCCAGGAGAUAGACACACCCCCAUUCCCAGCCCUAGCUCCAGCUCGGACAGAGGUACCCCAAGUGGUUAUCCCAAGCUGAAGAAAGCUCUUCUCCAGGGGUUGAACACCUCUGCAUCCCCUCCUGCUUACCUUUCAGCUCGAUCCUCUUCGCUUGAUCCCAGCAUGACUCCUGUGGAUCUAUGCAUGAGGGCUGAUGGCUGCAGAGGUAUAGUCUCCCUAACUCAGGACAGAAAGAGCCUCCCAAGCCACAAGUGCUCCUUCUGCUCGCACUCCACCCGCUACCCCGAGGUGCUCUGGAUGCACCAGACUGUGGCUCACCGCAUCAACAGCAGUAGCUCCAAUCUUGCUCCUAAAUGGGCCCUGAAAAACAGCUCCAAGGGCUCCAGGGACAACUUAUUAUCCUCCAGGAGACGCACUGGUCCCCCGCCAGUCCUGGACGGGAAGGAAUGCCCUUCGCUGCCUCCACUGAUGCGUGCCCAACGCACCCAGCCACCAACUAACUCCAGCGAGGUUCUAAAGAAGAGCAGGCCCGCUAGUCAGGCAGCCAUGCCAUCAUCAUCCUCCUCCUCCACCCCCUCUUCCUCGUUCUCCAAGGGCUCCUCAUCCACCUUAUGCACCCAAGCUGUGAGAGUCCCCGUCCGGCCAGGCAGCAGCAACAGCAGCAGCGUCAGACACACGGAGGACCAGAGUCUUCCAUCUCGCUUCAAACCCAAAGUGGAUAUUUACCCUCGGGGAGGUUCGUCGUCAUCCUCCAGCUCCUUGGAGAAGAGCACCGGUGCCCGAUCACGUUCCUCAGCCCCAAGCCCCAGCUCUGCUACUGCAUCCCGGAUUGCUGACCGCUAUGUGAUGCCUCAAGAGGGCCUCGGCUUCAUGCUGUCCAGCAAACAUGGCCUAGCAGAGUACAGUCGAGCUAGGGGUUCCCCUCAUCAGCCGCUUCCCAACUCCCACGGCCAGAGCCGGGCUAAUGGUACUAGGCCCAGCACCAUUACCCAUAGCUCCACUGCAGGACACAACUACGGAGCCUCCCAGGCACAUGGAGGCACUCUGCUGAAUUCCUCCUCCUCCUCUUCUUUGCCUUCAGAGGCUCGCGGAGAUGUGAAGCAGGAGCCAAUCGCAGAGACACCAGAGAUGCCAAGCGACAUCCUCGGCUUCCUCAAAAACUACAGCCCCCAUGAACUGGCUGCCCUCUACCACCGCUGGGGUGCGGCCAAUGCACUGCUGGAUCCCACUGGGAUGCUGAGGUCUCUGAUACGGCAGGGACAGUAUUUCUGCCACGAGUGCGGGAAGAGUUUCAGUCAGCCCAGCCACCUGCGUACUCAUAUGAGAUCCCAUACAGGGGAGAGGCCAUUCUGCUGCCAGCUCUGCCCAUACCGAGCAUCUCAGAAAGGGAACCUAAAGACGCACGUCCAGAGUGUCCACCAUUUGCCUUUUGACAACAGCCAGUACCCAGACACAAGGAGCUUGUUACUGAGCCACGAGGAGGAAGAAGCGCUGGCUGCCAAACACCCACCAGCGCCACUACAACAACAGUAGACCAUCGGAUAGAGCAGGAUCUGGACUUGGGACCAGGCUAGUCAGGGAAUCACUCAAAAUAACUAUUCCUAAAAAUCAGAGGACUGGAAGAAGGACCCAAGACUGAUAGACUUUUUGACUUUUUGACUCUCCUCUCCACCCAUCACCCUUUAAUGACCUUAGAAUAAUUUUCUACAAUGAAGGCUCUUGUAGUUUUUUGAUUCUUUUUUUUUCUUAAAUAAGAAGCUAGUUAAAGCUGUGCUAGACAUUUCUAAAAUUACAAUGCAGGGCUGCAGCAGAAAAGAGUGUCUUAUCUACAAACAGAAAUGACUUCUGGGGAAAUUCUACGGUCAGAAAUGCAGGUGUCAGGUGUGCACACAGGCUGGAACAUUUCUCCACGUGUAAGAAAUGACGAGUGAAAUUAAGUGUCUCCUCAGCAGGAAAGCUGGACUCACCAAUGAUUGAUCUUUUUGCUUCUUUAGAUUGACAGUUGGCAAAAAUGAGCAGAUUGUGUGUAGUUUACAUCACCUGAAAGGAUUUCUGAAUACAACAUUUUUAAGAGUUACCUCUUGCUGCCAUUUCGGAGGUACCAAGCAGUGAAGUUGCCCAGUGCAGCUUCACAAGAAAAGUUUUUAAUGAAAAGAAGCUGAAAACUGAACUGCUAGCGAUUUUAAUCAAGGACUACGGCAUUGCAUGGCUGCUGUAGUUGCACCCCUCUUUCCCUUUCUUUUUUUUUUAGCUUUAUUGUACAGGAGUUUGUGCAUUCCUCAGGACACCAAUAAUCAGAGAUGAGAGAGAAGACGCUCUGCAAUUCAUCUACAGUCAAUUGACACAUUGUAUUGGGUUCGUGAAGAUGAAGACUUGCAUCUGUCUGCUUGUGUGUAUGUGUGUCUGCGUGCACAAGUGUGUUAAUACUCACUUCCCUCCACUCCAGAGUGUAACGUUAGCAGUGCAGUGACCACUGUGAGGCUGUGUAGCUGAUGAUUAGAAGGAGAGAGAGAGAGGUAGGAUUAAAGAGAGAGAGAGAGAACGCUAAUGGGAGUGUCUGCUUUAGUGCUCAUUAAAAAGAGUGUGCGUUUUUAAUAGCCAAUAUAAAUGAUCGUACCAUUUUUUAUGGUCGUUCAAUUAUUGUCCAUUUAAGAGGAAGGGACUGAGUGGAGGCAGUUUUCCCCCAUAACUCCAUCAUAUUAAGGAGUGUUUCCGACACCGACACUUCUGACUUUGAGUAAGACUGACUUCAAAACAGUUGGGAUGACAGGAAGACGCUAGCUCGCGUGUGGAUUGCACAGAUUAAACUCCCAACGUGUGCACUUGCAAAAGACAAUAUGGUACUGCAAGUGUUAGCCUGCAAAGAUGCAUCUUAACUUCAUAUUGCAACUCUGAGUUUUUGGACUUUUUAUGUGAUGAAAUCUUUGGUACCAAAACCAAGCCGGUCUCUAUGGUAGAAUGCCUGUAGCAUGACCUGAGGGGUCACAAGCUGCUCAAAGGGAUAUUUCACCCCCAUAAUGACUUUUUGUACAUCAGUUACUCACCCAGUGUCACCUUGAAUUCUUGAUGACAUUUGUUUUGUUUUUCUCGCAUGCCUCCGCAGUGAACAAAGAAUCUGAAUACGGAGAAAAGUCUUGAUGAAUUGAAGAAGAUGGGCGCCACAUUUAACAACAGCAAAACAUCAAUUUACAAACUGCCACACAAUUUGUGCAGUAUAAUCCAAGUCUGAUUUAUCCAGCCGUAUGCUCACUACUUCCCAUCACAUGAAUUUUAGCUAAAAUCGUUCUAUUUGAAACACGAAUAAAGAGUCUCAAACAUGCGCUGGGGCGCUACUCGUCCGUACGAGUGUGAAGUGUUUUAAAUAAUAACGUCUUAUUGAAAAUGCAUGUGUUUGUGAAGUAGUGAGCAUAGGAUGGGAUACAUGAGACUUACAUUAUACUGCAAUAGUUGUGUGAGAUUUUGUAAAGCGAUGUUUUGAUAUAGUUUUGCUGUUGUUAAAUUUAUCAGAUACUUUACUUCAUCAGAUUUAUUAAUUAGAUACUUUUUGAUUCUACAUUCACCAUGGAGGCAUGUGAGAAAAACUAAACAGUUAUUCACAAAACAAGGUAGCACAGGGUGAGUAUUUGAUAUACAAAUGAUCAUGUUGGUCAUUUUAGGGGUGAAUUAUUGCUUUAAAUAGAUAAGAGAGAAUAAAAAACAUACUUCAACACAAAGUUAGGUUUAUUUUUUGUGACUUUUCUUAUCUUAUGAAAUAUUGAAAAGUUUUCACAUUCAGGCCUAAAAUUACUCAAACUAAACAAGAGAAGGGAAGUUCAAAGCCAGGCAAACUGUUACCCUGUUUCCAGUCUUGGUGCUAAGCUUAGCUAACUGACUGCUUGUUGUAUACUCAGCGGACAGACGUGAGUGUGGUAUCGGUCUUCUCAUCUAAAUCUAGGCAAAAAAGAUAAUUAGCGUGUUCCCAAAAUGUUGCAAACUAUUCCUUCAAAACUAGAAACAACCAGAGAUGCAGAGCUGAUUUUGUUACCAAAAUAUUUUAGCAGACUAAAUGAGCCAAACUCCCAUACUGUUGGUCUCUUGAAUGGUAAUGUGAAGAUUUGCAUUGUGGGAGGAAAAGAGUGAGGAGGUCAGAGAGAGAGAGAGCAGCUAGAGGUCAGGAGGUCAGGCUUCCAGAGAGUUCAGGUAUAAAUACACCAGAUGGAAACGUUUUGAAGCCUGUUUGAAUUGUAGAGCCGUCACAGCCUUAACACAGGUGAGUGUGCAUUUAUAUGUGUAUGUGCAUUAUUUUCAAACCUCUCCGUACUGUAAAAGAGAUUGACUAACUCCUGUGUCCUCCAGCCUCCCUCUAGAUGCUUUGUAUACUAGCCUACCGCCUUUGCAAUGAAAGCCUGUUUUAAGUUUAUUGACUGGUAGGAAGGCGGAGGAGAUUUGCUAGGAGGAGAUUCUCUCUUUGUGUCCUGGGCUUGUUUUUCUCUCCUUAACGGAGUUCACAAUUGAAAAAGCCUUGCUUUGACCUUAGACUGUAUAAAAGAAGUGUCCAUUUGUUUGUGGACCACUGUUUUGAGUUUGGCAUUCUGGCCAUCGCCAUCUUGGUUUUUUGGAGCCAGAAGUGACCUUAUUUGGACGAGAGAGUGAAGCCGAGGAGGGAUACGCAUUGCUACGCUUCUAUCCUGAUUGACAGGUCGCCGUGGUAGAUACUUGUCAAUCACAAAGCAGCCCCUGAAGCAAACCCUUCUUUACUGUCUAUUUUUACUCUAAAUGGGACCAUCAUUUCCAAAAGACUUGAAACUAGUCGUUGACCCUAAACAUAUUACAUCAAGUGAGAAGUCGGGUCAUUUUCUCAUAGACUUGUAUACAAUCAGACUUCAUUUUGCAACCCUGCUGGACAUUAGAAAGAAUGCAGGUUCAAAGCACUUCUACAUUGGCAUCACGUUUCACCCGGAGGCUACGUGCACUUCUUUUAUACAGUCUGUGGUCUUGCCACGUUGGGGAAAAGAGAUGAAAGCAAGGCAGUUGCAAGCAGCUCAGGCUUACAGAGCAAGAGUGGAACUGUUGAGACAUUGUUGUUUGCAUAAAAUCAAAAUUCAAACCAGUUAAAAGAUUACGGCGCAUAAUACUGUACUUCCCAUCUAUUUUGAGACCUCAGCAGUUUUUCCAUGAUGAUGAAAUGGUUGCUAUACCAGUGGGUUGUUGAGUUAUGCAUACAGCGUUGUGUGCUUGAAUAUGCCUAAUCAUACACAAAUGUGUAUAUUGAAGGUGUGUGUAGUGAAAAUACUUGAAACGGAUACUCUAGCCUUCGAGGUAGUGUAGUACUAAUACCAAUGUUGUACAUAAUUCCCUUUAAGAUUAACUCCUCAGUUAUGAAUUUGUACUCCGAAGUGUGACUUAGAAAAACUAUGAAGCAGGAGUGUAUGUAAUAUAAAACUGUAUAUCUGUAACCCACUCUUACCAAACCCUUAUAUACAGCGGUAGAAACCAAAUGGCAUUACUAGUGCACUUAGACUAGGUUACUGCUUUAACCGUUCUCAUGUUGUCCAAUUCUAGCUAAGAUUUCUUUGAGAAUGUCUUUUUAAUGGUGCCGGCUAACACACUUCAAUGUCACUUUGGGUUUAGAGGCUUUUGUUAGGAUGAUUCCAUAGAAUCUAUUGACAAAUGAUUUGUUCUGUGACGGCUGUGUGGCACAGCUUUUUCGCUUUGUUUCCAAAUUGAAAGUUUGAUAAUGCUAGGUGCAGCAGUGCUUAUUUUUUCAUAAUAAAGAUGUAAGAGUGUGUUUUUAGUCUUUCUCUUUGCUAAACUGUAGGAUUUGUUCAGUAGCUAGUCAUGGCUGCCCUCCCAGAGGGGCUGGCAGGUGUUGUUCUUUUUCUCUUUGGUUGGGUUUUUAUCAUGCCUCUUAAGUUGUAUUAUUUGUGUCCGUAUUGCUUUUUUUUAUGAACUUCAUGAUUAAUUUACCUUAGAAGACAUUAUUAUUCCAAAUGUAUUUGGUUGAUAUCUGUAUUUAUUAUCACUUCAAAAAGGAUUAGAGGACAGAGGCAGACAGGAGCGUUUGUUUAAUUUGAUUUUUUUUCUGGGUUGUUUUUGUUUUUAUACUGUGUAGUUUUCAUGCCAGCAAGCCGAUGUGAAAGCUCUACCUCGUCUGAGCCAUUCUCAGUUCUGUUACACUUUUGUACAUCAUUUCAAAAAGAUGUAAUGUCAUGUCCACAAUAAAGACACACAAAAUGGCACCUGUUGGCGCUGUUUCA